GGAAUAGGGGAGUGUGUCUUCCAGUUACAUUCCUAUAUAUGUUGUUGAACUGUUGGAGCCCAGUGCAUUGCAAAUGAUGGCAGUGGCUGUUGAUUCUAGUUUCCAGAAUGGUCAUGAGUCGACUAUAACUUCAAUUGAGCAAUGGGCUGACAACUUGCUUGUAACUCCUGGUUGUCCAAGUAAAAGCAGUAGGAAUCUAGAAUUUAAACUAGGGUCAUUUAAUAAAUCCAAGUUACCUGUUAGAAAGCAACCAAGAAGGCCAGAUGAUGAAGUAAGCCCCUUAGGUUUCAGAGAUGUUGAUCUAAUACCACCAAACACUGAAGAAGAAAGAGAUGUUGUUGACAGUGUUAGGACACCUAAGAAGAGAAAGAAAAACUCUAUAGGAUGUGGAAGAAAAGAAUUUGAAAUAACUGAAUUGAAUGUGAAACUGUUUGCAAAGGAAUUGAAAGGUCUAGAAGCAUAUGAUAUUCCUAGUCUGUGCAAGCCCCAGAUUACUCCCCUAGAUCUGUUCUUUGAAGAAGUAAUGCCUCCCAAUGAAACUGAUGGUGCUGAGGAAGAGGACUGCAGUGAAGAUGAUGAUGAAGGAAGCCAGUUUGAUGGUGAUGAGGAAGAGUGCUCAAGUAGUGUGGAUGUGUCUCUAGAUGAAGAGUCACAUACAGAUGAGGAAUUGGAUGUUGAUGCUGAUACUAAUAAUAGAAUGAAGUUGGGUCAUGUGGAAGAGGAUGAAGAUGGGAGUGGAAGUCAGUUGAUUGUGGAUAAAAUGGCAAUGGUUUUCAAUACUGGCAGGUUGUGGAUUAGAAGUACAAAUGAAAAAGUAGAGCUGAGGGAGGGUGACAUAUUCAGCUCAAAAAAAGAUUUUCUAAGGGUGAUGAGGGAUUACAUUAUCCAGAAAGGAAUUUCUCUAAGAAAGAUUAAGAAUGAUAAAAGAAAAUACACUCAAACAUGUGCCAAUGAGAAGUGCAAAUUCAGGAUUCAUGCUUCUGUUCUUGUUGAUGGUCAUUCAUGGAUGAUUAAAACCCUAAUUGAUGGCCAUGUUUGUUCAGUUAAAGAGCACCACAAAAGGGCAGGAGCAUCUUGGGUUGCAACCCAUUUGCUUGAAGACUUUAGAAGCAAUAGGGAAAUGAAUUCUGCCACUGUGAAAAAGUUAAUAUUAAAAAGGUUCAAUACUUUCAUUCCAAAUUAUACUUGUUGGAGAGGCCUAAAAUUGAUGAGGCAAAUUGUGGAAGGGAGGCAUGAGGAUGGCUACAAGCUUUUACCCCAAUACAUGGAGGUGUUUAAAGGUAGAAAUCCAGAUUCUGAGUGCUUCAUAAGAUGGGAGGAGAUAGGGCCAGGCAGGAACCCCAUGAGGAUGGCUACAAGCUUUGAUUGGUAUUGAUGCAUGUCAUUUGAAGGGCCCAUACCAAGGAAUUCUUUUGACAGCAAUGAGUUUAGAUGGAAAUAAUGGACAGUUUCCCUU